UCUUGAACAUUCAAAAUAAAGAGUACUUCUCAAAAUACGUAAGUUUARUCUUUGAAGAGAAGUGAAAUUAUUGAGGAAAAAAAAAGAAAACUUCUUAGUUUUGUCUCUUCAAAAUGCCAUUUCAAUCAAGUAUCAUUGUGUGCUUGAAUAAAUGGAAUUACCAACUUGUGUAAAGUCCUUGAUCAGAAUGAGGCUCUUAAACCAAUUAUGUGGAGAUCAGAGUGCUUAAAAUUGUAAGGAAUAAAUUUAGAAUUAUUAAAGGCUUCAAAUAGCUUGGCUCAGGCAAAAUUACAUAUAAUUGAUCAUUAGUAUGUGUUGUCAGGAUAAACUGCAGUCAUAGGUGCUGAAGAUCUCUUUUUUGACAAAUUGCAGUGAAACUUUUGUAAAACUCAAACCUUUUCUAAGGAUUUUUACUGAAUGCAAAUUCUAGCCACUUUUAUUCCUCUUUGCUAAGUAUAGAAAGAUGAACAAUAAGUUAAAAGUACUAACUAAUACCUGGAUGAUAUUGUCAAACACACAUGAAGCAAAACAAAACCAAAAUAUGCCUUGAUUGCUGGGUAAGUGAAAACACAGAUGCAGAAGCUGGGAUGCUGUUAAAAAAGUUUAAAUAAGAAAUUCUUUAAAAAAACGAAAUCACUGCCUUUAUAGAGAAAUCUAUUCUUUGCCAAAGGGCAAAGCAAUUUGUAGGAAAUUAACAUUAAGACUGACAAAUACAAACUGGGUUGUCAGAGAAUGAUUGUAUAAAGGACUGACUCUAUAACCCACCCUGAGAAUAACAUGACUCUUUUAUUGAUUCUUAUUUAGCGUCUGUGCAGUCCCUCUAUUCCUUAGCUUUGAAUUUUGUGAUUCAUUUAUUAUAGAAUAUAAUAUCAUUCUGGAUAGGUAGUAUUUUCAGAGUCAGGCACAUAAAUCAUAAUCUGGCAAUCAUUCUCUCUAUCUGUCGUACGGGUGACAGGAUUUUCAUUGAUUUUAGUGAUACAAAUUUAAGGACAAAAUGGCAUGUAUUAUGUAGUGUAUGAYAUAGGCUAUUUGAUUUAAUUAAUACUUUACUAUCUGUCUGUCGUUACUGUUUAUGACCAAAAUCAAAACUUGCUAGGAUCAGUUGCAAUCUCAUAAUCACGUCUUUUAGCAUGAAGUGGCAUUUUCCUGCCAUCAGAGAAACUCUUGAUGGACUUGACCCUAGUUCCAAGUCUGAAAGUAACUAAUUUUUGACCACAGAAAAUACUUUCAGCUACUACACUGGGAGUCUUGUGUUCUUAACAUACUUGGCAACCUCGUGGUGGGUUAGUUUUGGCUAACAGCCAAAUGUUUACCCAGCUGCUCCCAGCCCCUCUCCCCAGCAGGACAAGUAUAGGAAAAACCGGAGUGAGAGUGCUCAUGGGUUAACAUAAAAACAGGAGUAUUGUUUACCGAUUACUGUUGCAAACAAUGCAAACUUGACUGGAAGAAGAUUAAUUUAUUGCCAAUUAAAAUUAAAAUGUAAUAGCUAGUUUGAGCAGUGGUAAAGAAGACACACGUUAAAACAACAGCUUUUCUCCCUUUUUUUCCCAGGCUCAACUUCAUUCCAGACUCCCCUCUCCCUGACCAGCACAGGGAGAAUUGAGGGCAUGUACAGUCAAUGCUCGCGGCGGCGGCAGCUUUGGUGUGCGUGUGUGCGGCAGCCUGGUGCAGCCCGGCGGCGGCGGCGGCCGGGGGCAGACCGGACAGCGGCAAUUUUCUGGACGAUAAACAAUGGCUCACGACCAUCUCCCAGUACGACAAGGAGGUCGGGCAGUGGAACAAAUUCCGAGACGUAUCCAUGGCGGGCUGGGUGCUGUGCGUGACGCUGGUGCUGGCAGCACUGGCAGGGGCUCAAGGCCAGACCUACCAGGCUUUCCUGCAGAAGCACGUGGAUGACCCCCGGACCCAGCUGCCAGCGGCUAAAUACUGCAACAUCACGAUGGCGCAGCGGGGAAUGACAAGGCCCAUCUGCAAUGACACCAACACCUUCGUGCACGCCCCAGGCAUGACUGUGGCACGUGCCUGCUCCCGGGUACCUGAUGCCCAGGGGUACUACACCACCCCGAACAGGCUGAAUGUGACCAUCUGCCGCCUCAGUGGCCGGAGCACUCGGCCGCCCUGCAACUACCGGGCGGCACAGACGGUGCAGCACUAUGUGCGUGUGGGCUGCCGUGGUGGACGUCCCGUGCACCUCGAGAAUACCUUCCCAUAGUGAGGCAUUCUCGAGGCCCUGGAAUGAGGCCUGGCUUGAGGGGUGCCGAUUCUCCCCCCGUCAGSGGCUCUGUCAGUGGUGGAAAUAAAGGAGUUGUCACAGGCUUUGGCUCCAGCAUC